AAAUCAAGUUCUUCCUAAAUGCGUUGACUGUGGCUUGUCGGAGUGCUACCAAAAUUCCUAGUGUGUGGACAAAAUUUCGAAGAAAAUGCUCGAAACCUAACAGCACACUAUGCAAAACUACUCCUCCCUCCAAGAGACCCACGAGCCGGACGAAGAAGGCGGCGUCCUCGUGCACGUCGCCGAACCGUCCCGCGCUCGCUGGAACCACAUCGAAGAUCUCGACUCUUUCUUCUCUCGGAUGUACCAAUACCACCAACGCCACGGCUUCUUCUGCAUGCUCCUCCAGGAGGUCCUCGAACUGAUCCAAUUCGUCUUCAUCGUGUUCCUAACAGCCUACAUUUUCCACGGCAUCGACUACCCCGUCCUGUUCAAGGACGAACCACCUCAUCACGGCAACGGCAACUCCACCAAGGUGACCCUGCACGACGUCGUACUUCCCUUCGGCCAGUGCGUCUCCAACUUCACCGCCCUCACCUGGAUCGCACUCAUCAUAGCCUUCGUCGUCUGGGUCCUCAAGUCGAUCCGCGGCGUCUAUCACCUGUUCCACUUCUGGGACAUCAAGCAGUUCUACAACACCGCAUUGAAGGUGGACGAUCACGAGUUGGACAACCUGACCUGGCACGAGAUCCAGACCAAGGUCCGGACGGUGCAGAUGGAGCAGCAGAUGUGUAUUCACAAGAGGGAACUGUCGGAGCUCGACAUCUACCACAGGAUACUGAGGCAGCAGAACUAUUUGGUGGCUAUGGUGAACAAGCGGCUGUUGCCGCCGAGGCUGAACGUCCCAUUUCUGGGGGAGAUCGUGUACUGGACGGCGGGGUUGAGGCUUAAUAUUCAGUUGUUGUUCUUUUGGUCGCCGUGGUCGCCGUUCGAGCACCCGUGGCACUUGCGCGAAGAGUACAAGAAGCCGAAUUUGAGGCACGAAUUGGCGAAUCAGUUUGGCAAACAUAUUCUUUGGUUGGCGGUGGCGAAUCUGGUGUUCGCUCCGAUUAUUUUCCUGUGGCAGAUUCUGUAUGCGUUUUUCAGUUAUGCGGCGGUUAUCCGCAAAGAACCCAGUAUUUUGGCCAUCAGAAGGUGGUCGUUGUACGGUCGCUUGUAUUUGAGGCACUUCAAUGAGUUGGAGCACGAGUUACAAGCACGAUUGACGAGGGCUCAUCGGCCCGCGACGAAGUACCUGGCGGCGUUUUCGUCGCCUUUAGGUACCAUCAUCUCCGAGAACAUCGGCUUCUACGCGACCGCGUUCCUCGCAGUCUUCGUCGGCCUCUCCCUCAUCGACGAAGACGUCCUCGCCGUCGAGCACGUCCUAACCAUAAUGACAGCCCUAACCGUGGCCGUGGCCGUCCUCCGGACCAUCGCCCCCGACGAAACCACCUCCCAGGAUCUCGAGGACCUCCUAACCAAGGUAAUGGUGCACACGCACUACCUCCCCACCGACUGGUCCGGCCAGGCCCACACCGCCCGCGUCCGCAAGGAGUUCGAGCAGCUCUUCCAGUACGGCUUCGUCAGCCUCCUGGAGACCAUCCUGUCGCCGCUCCUCACGCCCUACAUCCUCUGGCGCCACGUCUACCCGCGCUCCAUCGAGAUCGUCGACUUCUUCAGGAACUUCACCGUGUCGGUCGUGGGCGUCGGCGACGUCUGCAGCUUCGCCCAGAUGGACGUGCGCAAGCACGGCAACCCCGAGUGGCACGAGGAGGAGAUCUCGGUCCCCGACCAGUACUCCCAAUGCGAGGACGGCAAAGUCGAGAUGUCGCUGGUGCACUUCAAGUGCACGAACCCCAGCUGGAAGCCGCCAGAGGGCGUGCAGGCGUUCGUCAAGAACGUGCAGAACCAGAGCAGCAUGAUCGCGUCGUUGAGCAACCAGGACCCGGUGCUGAAUCGCCUGGACGAGAGUCUGGCGCCGGGGGCGUGGAGGAUAGGCGAGCCGUGCUCGACGGAGGCGAUUCCGACGGCGCCGACGGUGGACGUGCCGCUGUACACCAGCGGGAUCUGGAGGAAUAGGGUGACGUCGUCGGCGGAGCCCCAGGGUCACGGACACAUGAGCAGGAUGUGGACGAACGAGGGGAUCUCGCCGAUGAGUAUAAGGGAAAUGGCUUUAAACGCGACAUAUUUGCAUAGUAUACAUAGUAAUAGAACUGAAAAUAGAGUGCGGAAUACUGCCCAAGAAACAACGCCUUUACUACUGAACCGUUGACUAGUCUAAAUUUUUUAUUAUGUAACUUAAAUUUGUAACAGUAAGAGUAAAGUAUAAAUAUUAUGUAAUAUAUUUAAGAUUGUUCAAUAAAUUUAUUUUUAUUUGUCUAUUAA